UUGAUCCAAAUAAUAUAAAUGAUUAUAAUGGCUACACAAUUAAAUAUAAAUAUAAUAAUUAUAUUUAAUCUUACACUUCCACCAUCCAUUUCUAAUUGUUCCAGAUUAACAAAUAUUGAAAUGAAUGAAAACAAGUUCAGUGGGAAGUUGAAAAUCGACUUUUCAAAAAUGAAAGAUAUCAGUUAUAUAUCAUUAUGGGAAAACAACUUUGGAAGCAACGAACCUGAUGAAAUGCAGUUUAUUGAUACUUUGAAAAAUUGCACCCAUUUAGAUACUUUGGAUCUUGAAGAAUGCAACUUUCAAGGAGUGCUCCCCACAUCCGUAGGUAAUCUUUCUGUUCAACUCCGUCAUCUAUUAUUUGGAGGAAAUCAGUUACAUGGAAAAAUCCCUGUAUCAAUUGGUAAUCUUGCUGGUGUGAAUUUGUUAUUAUUGGAAAGAAAUCAAUUCAAUGGAAACAUCCCAUCAACCAUUGGUAACCUUCAUAAAGUCCAAAGACUCUCAUUAUACAAAAAUCAGCUUUCAGGGCAAAUUCCCGAUUCCAUAGGGAACUUAUCAUUGUUGAGCGGACUUGUUUUAGCUUCAAACAAGUUAGAAGGGGCUAUUCCAUCAAGCCUUGGAAAUUGUCAAAAUCUAUUGGAGUUGUACCUUUUUGAUAACAAACUUAGUGGGAAAAUACCUAUACAACUUUUUCAACUUUUAUCUCUGUCCAUAAUAUUGAAUAUUUCUCAAAACCAAUUGUCCGGUUCACUUCCAACCGAGAUUGGAGACCUCGUCAUGUUGAGCGCUAUGGAUUUAUCUUAUAAUAAUCUAUCGGGUAACAUUCCUAGUAGCCUUCAUACUUGUGCUAGCCUUUCAAGUUUGUUUCUUAGAGGCAACCUUUUUGAAGGUACGAUACCGCCAUCAUUAAGUUCCUUAAAAGGAUUGGUUAAACUCGAUAUUUCUCACAACAAUUUAUCAGGCCAAAUUCCCAGGUUUUUAGAAGCUUUACCAUUAGAAUAUUUGAAUUUAUCAUACAAUGGUUUUGAGAAUGAUGUACCAACGAUUGGAGUGUUCGCAAAUGCAAGUGCAUUCUCUGUUGUGGGUAAUAGUAGGCUUUGUGGUGGCAUUGUUGAACUUGGGUUACCCAAAUGCAAGGAGACAAAGAAACAUAAAAAGAAGUUUCGUUUGUUUGUAAUAAUCAUUUUGAUUGCAUCCACACUUUGCCCCAUAACAUGUUUAACAUAUGUUUGGUGUAAGAAGAAAAGCAAGAGCCAACCAUCCCAAUCAUCAAUGGGCGAACGAUUCAUGAAAGUUUCAUAUGGUCAACUUCUCAAGGCUACAAAUGGAUUCUCAGAAGCCAACUUAAUUGGAAAUGGUGGGUUCGGUUCUGUUUAUAAAGGAAUCCUUGAAGAAGACAAUAACAGAUUUGUUGCAGUCAAAGUUUUAUAUCUUCAAAAUCGAGGAGCUGAAAGAAGCUUCAUAAGAGAGUGUGAAGCCAUGCGAAGCAUUCGACACCGAAAUCUAUUGAGGAUAGUAACUUCAUGUUCAAGCGUUGAUUAUCAAGGAAAUGAUUUCAAAGCCUUGGUAUACGAGUUCAUGCCUAAAGGAAGUCUACAUGAUUGGUUAUAUUCAAGUGAACGUACAACAAGACUAAACCUUCUUCAAAUAGUAAAUAUACUUAUGGAUGUAGCAUCUGCACUUGAUUAUAUUCAUAAUCUCUGCAUACCAAGUAUCGUUCAUGGGGACUUGAAACCUAGCAACAUUCUACUUGAUGAUGAUAUGGUGGCUCAUGUUGGAGACUUUGGUUUAGCUCGAAUUCUUGGAACUUCAUACACAAACAGCUCAACCGGAAUUAAAGGAACCAUUGGUUAUGUUGCUCCAGAGUAUGGUCUUGGAAAUGAGAUGACAAGUAAUGGAGAUGUCUACAGUUUCGGUAUACUUUUGCUAGAGGUGAUGACUGGGAAAAAGCCGACCGACAACUUCAAUGAAGGCUUUAGCCUUCAUAAAUUUACUUCUAUGGUCUUGCCAAGCAAUGUAAUUGAUGUUAUCAAUGUUAACAUUUUGUAUGUUUAUCAAGAGGAUGAAACUUUUCUGCAAAACAAGAAAGAAAAUGUAAAGAAAAUUGAGGAAUGUUUGGCUUUAAUACUCAAGAUUGGAGUAUCAUGCACUGUGGAUUCUCCAACAGAAAGAAUGGAUAUAAAAAAGGUUGUAUCUGAAUUGAAGCAUAUUCUUGAUACACUUCAAAAUAUUUGAGAUAAAGUUCGGAGAAUGUGCAAGUUCGUUCUUUUGGGCCUAACACCAAGCUUCGAUUGGAAAGUUAAAAGACCCCACCUCUUGGAUAUGGUAUAUCAUGUGUGUUAUCUCUGUAGUUUUCCAAUGCAUGUUUGUAAUUUUGCCUAAAUUUGUAUU